AUGGGGAACGCGUGCUGCCGUGCGAGCUCCGCCGCCGUCGCCUCCGCUCCUGCACGGGAGCGGCAGCGGCAGCCAUCGGAACCUCCGGGUGUGCCCGACUGGACCGAGGUGGUGCCGCUGUUCCGGGAAGGCGUCCGCGGCCACCCGACCGUCAAGGAGCGCUACGUCUUGGAAGAGUUGCUCGGCGUCGGCGGUUUCGGCGUGGUGUGGCUCGCCGUCAGCAGGAAUACGACUUCUACUACUGGCGCCGGUGAGUCGACGUCGGCGCGCAGGGAUCCGGAGCCGCGGCGGCGGCGGCGCGUAGCGUGCAAGACCAUCCCCUGGAGCAGCCUCAAGCAGGCGGAGACGGUGGAGGUCCUGCGGCGGGACUCGGGAGCUGUCGAUCAUGGCGUCCCUGCCGCGCCACCCGGCGCUGGUGCGGCUGCACGAGGUGUACGAGGACGAAAGCGCGGCGCACCUGGUGAUGGACCUGACAGGAUCGGGCGGCGGGGGGCGUGGACGGAGCACCGGGCGGCGGGGGUGGCGAGGGCGCUGGUGGAGGCGGUGCGGGCGUUGCACGGGGCGGGGACCAUGCACCGGGACCUCAAGCCCGACAACCUGAUGUUUAGCGGCCAUGGCGCGGAGGAGCAGCUCAAGGUUAUCGACUUCGGCUUCGCCAUCAGCUUCCGGCCAGGUGAGACCUUCACGGACGAGGUGGGCAGCUUCCCGUACAUGGCGCAGGAGGUGUUCGCGCGAAGCUACGGGCCGGAGGCUGGCGUCUGGAGCGCCGGGGUCGUCGUCUACCAGCUGCUCUGGGGACGCCACCCCUUCCCAGCUCCUGACGACACCUGCAAGGGGCAGAGGAAGGCGACCCUGCGCGGCGCGGCGGACGUGGACGGGCACCCGUGGCCGCUCGUCUCCGGCGGCGCCAGGGGCCUCGUGCUGGCGAUGCUGGAGCCGGACCCGAGCAGGCGCCCCACCGCUCUCCGGCUGCUCGAGCACCCGUGGCUGAAGGCGGCGGCGAUCGCGUCCGAGGCACCUGCUCCACGUGGUCUUAUUUGA